AUGGAAGGCGAGCUCUCCCGCGAAGUGGAAGAGUUCAUAAAAUCAUGGGACAAGAUGCAAUAUUACCAUGAAAAACUGGCAAGUAUAGUUGGGGAGAAAUGCCAACAAGCUCUCAAGGAUCGCGGCAUUCCUUGCAACGUUAGCUGGCGAGUAAAGGAGGCCGACAGCUUGAAAAGAAAGAUAUACACUAGACAGCAUCCUAAUAAACCCAAAUUUCAAAGCGAAAAGGACAUUGUCGAGGAUAUCACAGAUCUUGCCGGUGUUCGGAUUGCUUUAUACUGGCCUGAACAUAAGAAAAUGGUACCAAAUAUUCUCGAAAGUUUCGUGCGUAUCAAGAAGAACAAAAGUGUUUCAGACAGCGACAACCAGGACGAGCAAGCUAGGAGACGUGCUCGCAGAUUCCAAUGGUACUCAGCCGAUCAUUAUAUUGUUGGUCUCAAGCAAGAACAGGGAGUAAAAAUAGGAAACGAAGAGGACAACAUUGAGGUACAGGUGGUUACAGUUUUGCGCAACGCAUUGGCUGAGGUGGAGCAUAACCUGGUGUAUAAGCCUUUAUCUGGUGUUCCUUCAUGGGAAGAACACAACAUAAUCGAUGGGCUGAGUGGAGUUAUCUAUAUGGGCGAAUGUUUCCUUGAUCAGCUGUGGGACAGCCGAGCUCGAAAGUCCGAAGAUACCAAGGAGCCCUUUGAAAAUAUCUACGACCUGGGGCUUUGCUUAUCCAGACUUGUGUCGGACAAUGUCCAGAGUGAGGACAGCGACUUGGGGUCUUUGAGACCAUUACUUCCUCUGCUUGAAAUCUAUUCUCUCAAUAGCCCAUUUGAACUGAAAGAGUUGUUAGCUAGCAUGAAUUCACAGAAAGUGCGCAGCCAUAUCAAAGCGGCGUACGGAGACAUUCAACCAACCAUGUCAGUUUGCAUCAUGGACUACAUUCUCUUCCAACGGGAUAGCGCUAGAAUCAGGAAAGAACAGAGCUCGACGGGAGGAAAUGAGCUUGAAAAGAUUUAUACCACUUUUAUCUGGUUGGAUGAGCUUUUCCCCCCUUCGACAUCAUGGUUUGGACCGCUCCUUUUGAAAAACAACUUGCCUGAAAACGAGAAUUCUGCCCUCCUCCAAGCCUUUAAGUGGCUUGGUCAAUCUACAACCCAGGACCUUCUGACUAAUCCUGAAAAGAUGACCCACAAUGCGAGGAAUCAACUGUGCGAGCUCUGGAGUUGGUUUGGUCGCCAUAGAGAGCGCCCCAUUCAACUUGCUUCCCAGUUGUGCGAACUGAAUAUCGUUCGUGACCUGAAAAAAGAGUGGCAUCUUUUCACAAGGGCAUUUGCAAUCUUGGAUAUCAUCGAAUAAAACAAAUCCCUGCACCAGAAUCCUUUUGGCAAGGUCUGGGUCAGCAUAACGAGCCUAUCCUAACUAUCCGG